UUACAUGUGACAACUAAAACGAUGAGGCUGAGAAUGCGUAAGGCGUCUCAGCAACCGAUCCCUAGUCUGGCACCACGCCCAUCUCGGACCAAGAGAAAGCAUUCAGAAGUAGAAGAAGACGCUCCUACCAGUGCGAGGGGCUUGUUCUCAACAAUCAAAAAGUUCAUCAGAGGAACUGCAGUCAAGGUGCAGCAGGACAACCCAGCCAAGAAGGCACGUCUCCACUGCGACGUUGACAACCUAAUCACUUCAGCACCAGACACCCCUCGCAGGACUGUCAGCAGGGUUGGUGGGAAAGGCGGCGUCAAUGGAUUGGCAACCAAUCAUGACAGGAGCAAGGAGAAGCCCAAUGGAAGUCUGGAGGAGACAACAGCUGCUGAGGUGCCCACCAGCCCUCCUAGGACAACUCUUCUUGGGACCAUUUUCUCCCCUGUUUUCAACUUCUUCUCACCGGCUAAGAAUGCCUCGUCCGGUUCAGACUCCCCAGACCAAGCAUUGGAAGCAGAAGAAAUAGUGAAACAGCUGGAAAUGGAGCAAUCUGUAGAAACAGCCACCAGCACCAUCACUUCUACACAGGAAUUAUGUACCACCACAAACUUCUACUCGAGUGUAUCCCAGCUGCCCCCUUUGCGACUUCCUCACAUCCCUGAUGCAUGCCCCACUGUAGAGGAGGAUGAAAUUGAUGCUAAUGCUGACCUUCCACCUCUCACUGCUCCAGGCUCAAGUCCACAAAUGGCAUACAUGAACUCUCCUCCCCCUGCUGUUCCACCAGAAGCAUCUUAUGAAGAAGAAUGGGAAGUCUUUGACCCGUAUUUCUUCAUCAAACACGUCCCACCAUUAACUGAAGAGCAGCUAACUCGGAAACCAGCCUUACCAUUAAAGACUCGUAGCACACCUGAGUUUUCUUUGGUCCUUGAUCUGGAUGAAACGUUGGUCCACUGCAGUUUAAACGAGCUUGACGAUGCAGCACUUACCUUCCCUGUACUCUUUCAGGAUGUGAUAUACCAGGUAUAUGUGCGCUUGAGACCGUUUUUUAGAGAGUUUUUGGAACGCAUGUCUCAAAUUUAUGAGAUCAUCCUUUUCACAGCCUCUAAAAAGGUGUAUGCAGACAAAUUGCUCAAUAUCUUGGACCCUAAGAAGCAGUUAGUAAGACACAGGUUGUUCCGAGAGCAUUGUGUCUGUGUCCAAGGAAACUACAUCAAGGAUCUUAACAUUCUUGGCAGAGACCUGUCAAAGACCAUCAUCAUUGACAAUUCACCACAAGCCUUUGCAUACCAGUUGUCCAACGGAAUUCCCAUUGAGAGCUGGUUUAUGGACAGGAAUGACAGUGAGCUGCUGAAGUUGGUGCCCUUCCUUGAGAAGCUGGUUGAGAUGGAUGAAGAUGUGCGGCCACAUGUUCGGGAGAGGUUCCGUCUUCACGACCUGUUGCCUCCGGAUUGAAGUCCAGUUUCUUAGACAGGGACAGCUAGGAAGGACUGAAAACCAAGUGUGUAAAAAGCCCCUCAUAAAAAAAACUUGCGUCAUUUUGUUUUUUAUUUUUUUUACUCAGCGUUGCUAUGGAAAAAUACAUUAUCCAUUCAAAAGAAGAACAUUUCCUGUAUGAAUUUUUCUAAAAAAAAAGAAAGAAAAAAGGGUUUUGUUUUUUUACUUCAGUUUUGGAGUGGGCUAUCGUCUCUACACUAAAUCCAGGUUUUGGUGCUUGCUUAGUGGAUAUAGGCGCAAAAACCCAACUCAACCUCUGGUGCUGAAGCUGUUGACACUCUAGUCUCCACAGGAAAGACUGGCUUGUAUAUCAAUACGUGCGUCUCUGUUCACUCCGUUUGUCUUUUGCAAACUGUAGCUUUUAAAAUCAUAUGCAUUCCACCUUAGCCGAGUCAAGUUUGCUGUCUUGUUUUGGUCAAUCCAAUUUUUUUUUUUUUAUUCUAAUUUGCAUUUCCAUAUGUUUUAUCUUUGUGAGGUGUUUUGGAAGAGGGGUCUAACAGUAAGCUGGUCAAAUCCAUAUGAGUAUAGUAUGUUCUCAUUCUGAAGGCUUAAAAAUGCAAGGCGGACACAGCAUGGCACAUUCAUUAAAUGUUAGUUUUAAGAAUCCUCAUAUGUAAAUCUGACAUAGUGUACGGUUUGAGGGCAUUCAUGUUUGAAGUGCUAUGUGUCGACGUUACAGUAUUCGAUUUGUCUAGAAUCAGUAUUGUUUUUUUAUUCUAAGUAUUGUGGCUUAUUCAGAGCCGUUACUUUUGAUGGCUAAGAUAGCAUUAUGGUAAUGUAGCAGAGCCAGUGUCCCCUGACAUCUGGCUUAGAACCUCAACCAGCCACAUAUGGCACCAGCAUCAUCCCCCGCACCUCUGCCUGUGUUUCCUACUGUUUAAAAGGUUGUUAUUCAGAAUGCUUAUUUUAUAACGAUUUCUGUGCUUUCGGUCUGAGGCACUAUUGUUUCUGCUGAUUUAAUUUUUUUUUAUCCACAGAUUUAAUUUGUAUUAAGUGCAUUCUUCUUUUUUUCCCCCCCACAUUGACACCCCUUAAAUUUUUUUAGAAUGGAAAGAGACAAUCAGACCCCAGCGUUGUUAAGCACCACUUAUUCCUGCACGUAUUAGUAUUUGUUUGUUUCCAGUGAGUUGGAUUUUACCAGAUUUCUAGUUUAGUCUGUUCUGGCCAAAAAAUCCCCAGCAAUUGUCAAAAGUGGUUGCCAUCUGUUCUGCACCUGCUCGUCACGUUAGUAUCACUCCAGGAAUUCAGCUUGUACAACCAUAACAGGGCACAAUGGAAAUUCUGCAUACUGUUGCGUGCACGUCCAGACGAUGAAUGUAAAUUGUGCAUAGGGGGAAGUCUUAGGUGUUUUUCCUAAUUUUUUACAGUGUUUGUAUCCUCAAUGACAUGAACAAAUACAUUAGGCAAUGAGCCAAAAGAGAUUUUAAAGUGGGGGUUUAAACAUUGUGGAGAAAAAGGAGAUGUACCUAGAGAUCCCACAAGGGUGCCUCUAGCAGCCAGAGUGUGAUGUCACAGUUUGUAUCUGAAGAAGGCAUUUGAUGCGAUUUAUUCAGCUCCUUUUUAUGUGCAUUAUUAUUGUACACUCAGUGUGGAACAAUACUAGCAGCCUCAUGUUUUCAAAAGAAAAGUCCUUUCAGGAAAAACCUAUUUUGUAUCUUUUGGUUUUAAAAAGGCAUGUUAUAUCUGCUUUUAAAUGUAUUAAUAAGAUUAUCUCUUCAUUACAUGUUCUCCCCACUCUUCAAAAUAAUUUAGAUUAGUCUAAUGCCACCAAACAGUUUCAUAGCAUGUCGACAGUACAGUUUGCUUUGUGGGGGAAACGCUCUGAAUUGAAUUUGAAUCUGGGAACUUUUUCUACAGGAAAAAAAGUUUGUCGAUUCUUUUUUUCCACUGUAUCUGUCAAGCCAUUUUACUUGCAAGAAAUGUUUCUGCUAAAGAUGUUUUGAAAAUGUUUUGAGACAUCUUUGUAAGCCGCCAAGCUAUAUACUAUUGUAAAGUGUAUAUAAAGUUACAUUGAAUUUCUGAAACAAAGUUUUAAAGUGAAAAGUGUC